AUGGCAUCAAAAGAUUUGUGGCGCCCAUGGCUGACUGAUAAUGAAGAAGUUCUAAUGGAUCAAGAAAAUGACAAUAAUCCCGAAUUAAACAAAUCGGAAAAUAUAGGUAAUGAAGAAUUAAACUGUGGUAGAAAAAGGAUACACUUGAACCAGAAUGUAAAAAUAAUGAUAAAGAACCUAUUUAAUUGUUACCUGAAGCAAAUGAAUAAAACAUCGGCGAUAAGAGAAACUGCUAGAACAUCAAAAAUUUCACGAGCAACGGUUUAUAGGAUAGUUAAGUACGGACCGUAUGCGAGAAAGGAAAGAAGUGACAAAGGAAGCUUCCGAUCAAUAGACAAAUCACUUAUAGAUAAAAUAAAGUACGUCAUUGCGGAUCUUACAAUAAACGAGAUACCUACAAUUAGUAACUUAACUAGCGAAUUACAAAACAGAAAUAUUAUACCGAAUUGUUCUAAAACGACAUUGUGGCGUUUUCUACAAGCAAACAAUCUACAAGGAUCCAUUAAUAACGACGAAGAAAUAAUAGUAGUAGAUUAA